AUGGCUAUGGGUAAACGUGGCAAGAGCGUCAAGCUCGAUUCGAGCAGGGAAGCAAAGAGUAUGGCUUUAGUGUACCACCCCAUUCACGCUGCUAACAGCCUUGCAGAUCUGCGCGUCGAAGGGCGAGAUGCCGCGAUGGAGAAUGAGGAAUGGAUGGUUCGCGAUACGCAAGCAUAUGACGAAUUGUCCAAGCUUUACCAUCACGCGGUGGAUCUUCAGGAUGCUCUCGUUGCCCUCUACGCUGAAUGGGAUGCUGUAGGGCCGAAAUUGAGGAAAUGGGAGGAUGCGCAGUUGGGGAUUUCGGCCAACAUACUCUUUCCACUGGAAUGGGCGAUGGAUGAUGGUGAGGACCGUCGUCGCAUCUCUGCGCAAAGCGACCUCCGCUCUGCCCAAGAGCUCCUCCAACCCAACCAACCUUUUCUCACAAUGGACGAAACCUUCACCCUCCUCCCCAUCCAAAUGGACCCCGCAAGCAAAUCCCUCUCCUCCCCGACCCGCACCCUCGACCCGGACCUCACAGCCCUCAACGCCCUCCACCGCGCCAUCCUCGCCCUCCCCAACCAGAUCCCCCCGCCCCCCACAAACGUCAACCCGAAGCGCUCCGCCCAGGUGCAGAAGAUGCGCGACCAGGGCAACGCCUCGCUCCGGACGGGCAAAUCCUCGCCGCCCUCGGCCGCCCAGGCGCAGGAGGCGAUCAAGCUGUACACGUACGGCAUCGAGAUGGCGACGGGGCGGCCCGGGUGGGAGCCGAGCGCGCUGGUGAAGGAGGAGGCGGGCGUGCUGUUUGCGAACCGCGCGCAGGCGUACAUGGCGGCGCGGAUGUGGCCCGAGGGGGCGGCGGACGCGGAGACGAGCGUGGAGUUGAAGCGGGCGGGGAACGGGAAGGCGUGGUGGAGGCGGGGGAGGUGUCUUUGCGAGAUGGGCCGGUGGGAGGAGGCGGGGAGGUGGGUGCGCGGCGGGUUGGAGGUGGAGGGGAAUGAGCAGGAUUUGUCGGGGCUGGCGAAGGAGAUUGCGGGUCAUUUGGAUAAGAGCGGGAUAUGA